AUGGGAGAACCACUCUUUGAGUAUUUCAAGUCCCUCAAGGAGAGGUCGAAGAAACCGUCAAUACUUGCCAUUGUUGGUGCUGGACUUAGUGCGCCCUCGGGGUUGCCGGCGUCCCAUCAUCCAAACACAGAGGCUGACAUCAUUUGGCGAAACUAUACGGCAAUAGAUUUGGCCACACCCGAUGCUUUUGACGCCAACCCGGCACUUGUUUGGAUGUACUAUGCCUAUCGGCGACACAUGGCAUUGAACGCGUCCCCAAACAGAGCCCAUUACUUAUUGAAAGAGUUAAGUGAGUGUGAAGGACUAGAGUUCCUUACUAUUUCCCAAAACAUGGAUGGCUUGAGCCGGCGAGCCGGUCAUUUUAAAAGAUUAGUAGAGUUUCAUGGCUCUCUAUUCAGUGUCAAAUGCACAAACUUCUCUUGUUUUUAUCAAGCAACAAACUAUGACGACCCAUUGACACCUUUGCUAGACGUCGAAACUUGGGGAGAUUCACUUCCCAAGAUUACAGAGCUCAGCCAACUACCUACAUGUCCGCUAUGUGGGGAUCUACUACGACCUGGAGUCGUAUGGUUUGGUGAAUCACUCCCACUAUAUGUUGUUGAUCAAGUUGAUGAGUUUAUAAUCGGUCAUGGGAUCGAUUUGUUGAUUAUAGUUGGCACGUCACAUUCAAUAUGGCCUGUCUCGUCAUACAUAGAUAUUGCACACAACCAAGGCGGAAAUAUUGCAGUUUUCAAUACUCAGCCGGAUGAUAUAAGGUCCACGUAUGAUGAUGAAACCACUGUUUGGGAAUUCAUUGGAGAUUGCUCUUCAACAUUACCGAAAGUAUUCAAUCCUAUAAUCAAUCUAUAUAAAAAAUAA